AUGAUAGAUCUGGAAUUUGUAAUCCUUUUCUUUUUCCCCAUUGUCAUUGGAAGCCUGGGAAAUGUUUCACUUUUAUGUCAUUCUAUAUUCUGUUACUUCAGUGGAUGCAGGUCCAGGUUCACAGAUGUGAUGCUCAGGCACCUGACUGUGGCCAACUCCUUGUAUAUUCUCUCCAGAGGAAUCCCAGAGACCAUGGCAGCUCUUGGGAUGGAAAACGUCCUUAAUAAUGUUGAAUGCAAACUUGUUUUCUAUGUUCACAGGGUGUCUAGAGGUGUGUCUUUCAGCACCACCUGCCCGCUGAGUGUCUUCCAGGCCAUCACCAUCAGCCCCAGGAGCUCCAGGUGGGCAGAGUGGAAAGUGAAAGCCCUAAAGUGCAUUGGGCCCUGUCCCAUCAUUUGCUGGGUCCUGCACAUGCUGCUAAACAUCAGAGUUCCCAUGCUUGUGAGUGACAGAAAGAACAACAAAAACAUCACAAACACUAUAGAUUUUCAGUUCUGUUCAGCUAUGAGUCCAGACAAAGACAAACACUCCAUUUUUGUGGCAUUGACAUUGUCAUAUGACAUUUUGUGUUCAACACUUAUGAUCUGGAGCAGUGGCUCCAUGGUUUUCAUGCUGUACAGGCACAAGCAGCAAACAGAGCAUAUUCACAGAUACAACAUCUCAUCAAGAUCUUCUGCUGAGACCAGAGCUUCUCAAAGCAUCCCCAUCCUGGUCUGUGCCUUUGUGUCCAUCUAUGCCCUGUCUUCCAUCAUGUACGUUUGGUUUUCUCUUUAUAACACAGCAGUUUGGUGGCUGGUUAAAACUGCUGCCUUAACCGAUGUGUGUUUUUCUGCUGCUAGUCCCUUCAUUCUUAUGACUCGUGAGCAGUGUGUGAGCAGGCCCCUGUGGAAGAGGUGA